CUGCAGGUGGCUCCGCUGCCGGAUGGGAGCGCCCCGGCGUGUUGGAUGAAGUCGGCGCAUGCACCAUGUCAUCAUGUGUCUCUAGCCAGCCCAGCAGCGAGCGGGCCGCCCCCCACGAUGAGCUGGGGGGCGGGGGCGGCAGCAGCGACGGCCAGAAGCCCUGCGAGGCCCUGCGGGGCCUCUCAUCCUUGAGCAUCCGCUUGGGCAUGGAGUCCUUCAUCGUCGUCACCGAGUGCGAGCCGGGCUGCGCCGUGGACCUGGGCCUGGCCCGGGACCGGCCCCUGGAGGCUGAUGGCCGAGAGGUCCCCCUCGACCCCUCCGGGGCCCAGGCCCGGCCCCACCUCUCCAGCCGCAAGCUGUCGCUGCAGGAGCGCUCCCAGGGCGGGCUGGCGGCCAGUGGCAGCUUGGACAUGAAUGGCCGCUGCAUCUACCCGUCCCUGCCCUACUCGCCCGUCAGCUCCCCGCAGUCCUCGCCGCGGCUGCCCCGGCGGCCCACGGUGGAGUCGCACCAUGUCUCCAUCACGGGCAUGCAGGACUGCGUGCAGCUAAAUCAGUAUACGCUGAAGGAUGAAAUUGGAAAGGGCUCCUAUGGCGUGGUCAAGUUGGCCUACAAUGAAAAUGACAAUACCUACUAUGCAAUGAAGGUGCUGUCCAAAAAGAAGCUGAUCCGACAGGCGGGCUUUCCACGUCGCCCCCCACCCCGAGGCACCCGGCCAGCCCCCGGGGGCUGCAUCCAGCCCAGGGGUCCUAUUGAACAGGUGUACCAGGAAAUCGCCAUCCUCAAGAAGCUGGACCACCCCAAUGUGGUGAAGCUGGUGGAGGUUCUGGAUGACCCCAAUGAGGACCAUCUGUACAUGGUGUUUGAACUGGUCAACCAAGGGCCUGUGAUGGAAGUACCAACUCUCAAACCACUCUCUGAAGACCAGGCCCGUUUCUACUUCCAGGAUCUGAUCAAAGGCAUCGAGUACUUACACUACCAGAAGAUCAUCCACAGGGACAUCAAGCCUUCCAACCUCCUGGUUGGGGACGACGGACAUAUCAAGAUUGCAGACUUCGGCGUAAGCAAUGAGUUCAAGGGCAGCGACGCCCUCCUCUCCAACACCGUGGGCACGCCCGCCUUCAUGGCGCCCGAGUCGCUCUCGGAAACGCGCAAGAUCUUCUCUGGGAAGGCUUUGGAUGUUUGGGCCAUGGGUGUGACGCUGUAUUGCUUUGUCUUUGGCCAGUGCCCGUUCAUGGACGAGCGGAUCAUGUGUUUACACAGUAAGAUCAAGAGUCAGGCCCUGGAAUUUCCAGACCAGCCUGAUAUAGCUGAGGACUUGAAGGACCUGAUCGCCCGUAUGCUGGACAAGAACCCCGAGUCGAGGAUCGUGGUGCCGGAAAUCAAGCUGCACCCCUGGGUCACGAGGCACGGGGCGGAGCCAUUGCCAUCGGAGGACGAGAACUGCACGCUGGUCGAGGUGACCGAAGAGGAGGUCGAGAACUCAGUCAAACACAUUCCCAGCCUGGCGACCGUGAUCCUGGUGAAGACCAUGAUACGUAAACGCUCCUUCGGGAACCCGUUUGAGGGCAGCCGGCGGGAGGAGCGCUCCUUGUCAGCUCCUGGAAACCUGCUCACCAAAAAACCGACCAGGGAGUGUGAGCCCCUGUCUGAGCCCAAGGAAACAAGGCAACGAAGACGGCCUCCGGGGCCCCGACCCGUCCCCCGUGGGGCAGGAGGAAGUACUCUUGUGAAAGGUGGCCCCCACGUGGAAAGCUGGGGGGCCCGGGUCCCUGGCUCCCCCGCACGCGUGCAUCAACUACGGCAGGAGGAGGCGAUGGAGCCCGAGUAGCUGUCCGGACGACUGGACCUCGCAUGUGCCCGCGCCGCCUCUGCGGGGCUACUGCACCCCAUGUUUCCAUAGCAGCAUGUCCUACGGAAACGAGCACGUGUGUAGAGCCUUGACUGUUAUCUCUGGUUGUUUGUUUUUUCCUUUGUUGUUUUAAAGGGGACAAAAAAGGGAGGGGGGAACUUGACUCCAUGACGUCAACCUUGGCCGCUGGCUGGCCAAAUGGACGGGUGUGAGGAGUUGCAGACCCAGACCCAUGUGCAUUUGGGGACAGUUGCUUUUUAAAAUGUUUUUAUGCCAAAAAUUCUUCAUUGUGAUUUCAGAACCAUGUCCGAUACACCCAAGUUAAUGUGUGUGGGGUUUGAAAAUGGUGGAAAAGUGAACAGAAAAGUCCUGGGGUCUGCGACCAGGGAGUUACCAUCGCAUUUGAGAAGGUCUGUCACUUUGGAAAGGUUGGGUGUGACUCGGCAUGCCACCCCAAACCGUGGCACCUUCCAGAAUCGUGGACUCAAGCUGUCAGAGCAGGGCUAGCACUCAGUAGCUGCAGUGAGUUUCAAUGCAACUUAUUUGUAAGAAGGAUUUUUAAAUUUUUUAUGGGUACAGUUGUAGUCAGGAAAACAGAAAGGGCUUGAAGUUUAAGUGCUUCUGGAAGGGGAUUUUCUUACCCUAGAAGGGCAUUCAGCAGCUGUGGUGGGAAAAGUUUCUCCUGCAAGACUGAGUGAGUUUCUUGAUGACAGCUGCUCAAAGCGGGUUUCUGAGACAAUUGACUGAGUUCAGUACAUCUCUUUGUUACAUUACAAAAACUUCAGGGUGAAAUCCUAUACUUCCAUGUACAUUACAUGGCUUAAGAUCACGCGAAAAAAAUAUUUUCAAUUCUCUAACUAGACUGAACUCUCGAGUACAGUAGUUCAGAAAUUAUUUAGAGCUUCCAGGAUAUAUUUCAUGGCUUCAGGCAUGUGAUCCAAGUUACAGCCAAUGAAACCUGUGCCUGUAUAUAUCAGCAGCUUUGCUUGUUUAUAACCUGUGUAUUCUAGAGACUGCUAAGGCUUUGUUUUCAUUAUAAAUACUAGCUGAGUGUUGUAGUCAAUGAAAUACCCAGUUUCUGG